AAAGAAAACAAAACCAAGAAGCAGAGUUGCCAAAUAAGGCUAAAAGUUUAGAAAAAUCCAUUCUAGGUACCUUAGCAAAUGCAAACAAAACAGUAGGUUUUAAUGAAAACUAUAUUGGUAAGGAACCUCUGACCAAAAGUCAAGACCAAAACUCUCUCUCUCUCUCCACUCCGAUUUUUG